GUUUUUUAGGGGGAUCGAAGAAUCAGCAGGUGGCUUCACCCUUCGAGCCAGCGAGCCAUGCAGUGCAUUUGUGGAGGUCCCUCCUCCUGGGUGCGGUUGCCAAAACUGUCAAAGCUGGCCUCCCCGCCAACAUGUUGGAAAGCAAGUGCAAGCCUUUUCCGAAAGCGUGCCAGAGUGAAGCCCAUUUGCACCUGCGACUUUUGUGAUGGUGUAGUGUAUUUCCUUACUUCUGCUGAAGGCAUCAUUCGAUUGAUCGAAGCUUCCGGUGAUGCUGAACUUUUGGCACGUCUCGGCAUGUGCAACCGGAGGCUGUGCAUCAAUGUGUUCCACUCUGGGGUCGAAAGACUAUGCGUAGCGUCUGUGUCCUCACAUGCUGUGGGCCUGACACUGUCCAUGACGUUCCAGCAGAUGGGAUGCGGGCAGCUGGCCCUGAAGAUUUGUGGAAGUGCCUGUGGAAAUCACAUCUACUUCGGCCAAGGUGGGGGAACAGUCGUGCGGAAAGAGUCACUGCCUUUCAUCAGGGCUGCAGCCAACCUCGCGCUGCGAUUCAAGGAAGCCAAUAUUCACAUCGAUGCUCAUGCUGGAGUACGCGCGCCUGGUCGGUUUGUGGCGAAAAACUGCUCCCAGGCAAGAGCGAAGGCCAUUUUGCGAGAGUUGAUCAGCUAUGGUGCUGAUGCCAAUCGCAUCACAUUCACUGCCUGGGGAAAAGACAUCUCCAGCAUUUGGGGAGAAUCAGAUGAGAGAGUUGCUCGAGCAGAAGUUUAUGUCCAGAUUGCUGGGGCAGAGUUUCCUGAACGACCUGCAUACUACUCGAAAGCAGUUAGCGGGUCAAGUUCACUUCACCAUGGGGCAGAUGCACCUGGCAUUUUCUUUGACAGUGGUUGUUUGGUUUUGUUUCUCUGACUUGUACUGUUGCCGUGUUUUUAUCAAACUUCUAGGAGCAAGAACGCUACUAGGGGCUCCUGGCAUCGCUACUAGGAGCAAGAACGUUAACGUCAAAGGGGCUCCUGGCAUAGCUACUAGGAGCCAGAACGCUACUAGGGGCUCCUGGCCGUACUACUAGGAACAAGAAGCUUCUAUGUGCAAAUUGCGCCUCAGGAAGUGGGCGAUGAAUUUGGCUUCGACAGUUUUCUCCACUCCGACCCCGAGAGCCUCAUGCUCUUCCUGCCAGCUGCCACUGGUUUUCAGCUCGUCUCUGUCUUGAAUUCAGCUUAAUUCAGAGUGCCAACGGAGUACCACAGGGCCCAAUGCCCCUCUCACCCUCUGACGCUGUCAGGGCUUGGAAUGCGACGCGGGCGGGUGAUGCCCAGCGAUCUCCCGCACAUCGGCCAACAGGAAAAGCCCAGCAUUCUCUGACCAGCACAGCUUCACAGAGGGUUGAGUUUGUUGGAGGCUGGACCUGCCCAAAGCAAGACUUUCAAGGAAUUGGCGAAAAGCUGGCUAGUGGUGAUCAAGUG